UUUGAAGAAAAAAAUGUCUAUUAGUGAUUGUUCAAAUGUAUGGUAAGCUUGUUCACAUAUGCUCGGGUGGCAGGAACCAUCAUUCCUAUUUGUACUCAAAAGAGAGAAACCAAAAGUUUGCACUCUCUCUCUUGGGUUUUGAACUAGGGGAACACCUUUCAGUUUAAUCUACAUAAAAUGGCUCACUCAUCGAAUCAUACUUUUUAUCCUUUAUCUAGUAGAUUAAAUAUUUGAAUAUUUUGUUGGUAAAAAAAGUUGAUUAUUUACACUUUUACGGCAGCAUAGAUGAUAAAAUUGGUGCAUAUAUUUUAGUUAUUUAUAAUCUGAGAACUAAAUGUAUUAUUUCUAUUAAAUGGGCACUAGGAAGACCAUUUUUCUAAAAAUCAGUUUUAGACAUUUAAAAAUCGGUAUAGGCACCUAUUUAAACUAUAAUCCUUUAUAAAACCCAUAAUUAUUACCUAGUGAUUUCUUAAUCAUCGAGGAAGACUGCAGAAUUUCUGCAUUUCAUCACCAAAAAAAGUUCUGGUUGGAGAUGGUGUGAAAGUAGUUGAAGACACGGUUGAUAGAAUUAAGCCACGAAAAGAACAAGGAAUGCAAAAAAGAGUUAGCAUUAGAUUUUAUUUUAGUUCACAAGUCAUGUAAAUACAGAUUCACAUCACAUAAAUUGUCCAUGUAUCCUUCUUUGUAUGAAGAUACAAAAGGACAGAUUUGAUGUAUAUAAGUUUAGAAAACAUUCCAUAUCAUUUUUUUUUUUUUUGUAAAAAGUGAUACCUACAUGUUAGAAUGGGAGGGUUGUUAAAAAGAAAAGAUUAAAGAACAGCAAGGGGGUUUCGUUGUGGGGUCAACAUUCACUUCACUUAACAAAAAGAGAGUAAAGGUAAAAAAGAAAGCUAAUCUUCUAUAAUUUCUUACUGCUUGGGAUUCUGAUUCAAUUAUAUCUUGUUGCUUUGCGAAAGUGAAUCUACCCCUAUAUGACAUUCUGACUUGCUAUUCAAAAACAAAGAAAAAGAAAAAGAUUGGAGUAAUUUAGCAUUUAGUUGCAAAGUCUUCAACUUGUAUUUCGGUUUAAUAUGUUAGUUUAUUCAUAACCUACAAUUUAACAUAACCUACAAUCUAAAAAAAAAACAUAACCUACAAUUUAUUUAUGAAAAUGUCAUCACGUUAGUUAGCAAAAAAUGUCAUCACGUCAUUUGUUGAUUCUAUAAAAGACUAUCUAUCAAAUAUUUUCAUUUAGUUUAUAAAAAUUCUCAGAAGUAAAUAAUGCUUUAAGUUAAAUAUACAAUGAUGGCUGUUCAUAUUUGACCACUUUACACUACUAGUAUUUUUUUUUUUGUAUUUUUCCUUAUGAUCCAACAUGCUUCCGAACAUGGAUAUAUCAGUUCUAACUGAACGCUUCGGUUGGAUCAUCAAAAUGGUAUCCUAAAAUUUGAACAAAACUAAUUAGAAAACUUUAAACUUAUUACAAACGUUUGGAAGUGAUCAAAUCAACAUAGCUGUGUUUUCAACAGUCGUGUGUGGCAUGGAAUCACAUAAUUUGAAUUCUAACAUUAUUGUAGUCUUUCUCUACGCGGUCAACAUGCUAUGACUUUGAUUUUCUUUGGACUAUGGUAUUCUCCUCUUGUUUUGUUUUUUCCUCUUUUCUAUAUUCUUGAAUUAAAAAUAAUUAUGUUUUUCAUACAUUUUCCUUAUAAUAUAGAUUCGAAUACUGAAAGUUGAAAAAACGGAUUGAGACAAAUAUUGGACUGGGGACAUGUAUCUUAAAUAUAAUUGAUGUGGUGGUGGUCGAGACAUGUUUGAGUGGUUUAAUCGUUAAUAACACGCCUGAUUGAGAUUCUUUUCUCUCUCUGGUAAGAAGAGUGACUUCUGUUUUAAAGUCACAUGUGCCUCGUCUCCGACAGUUUUAUCUCUCUUCUUGCUCCUUGGCUCUGGUUCACAUGGUACUUCAAUAAGAUUCACUAACUUUAAGGUGUUUCAUCUCAGAAGAGUCAGGUGGGUACUUCUAAGAUUAUUUUCUUUUUCUUCACACGAGCAAUUCUGUUUGAUCUUGAACUCCUCCGGUCACACAUAAGAUUAUAAACCCUCUCUCUCUCUCUCUGUCUUGAUACUGUCUGCUCAAGUAAUCUAGCCACCGACCAAAAAGUAUUGCAGAUUAUUACAAGGUGUUAAUCACACAAAGUGACAAGAAAUGUACAAGCAUACAAGACAAGAGAUUGAAGCUUACUCCUUACCUCCUUUUGAGGCCAACUCUGUUGGUAAGCUUAGGUACAUACCGGUUAACAACUCUCGUAAACGUUAUUGCAUGCUCGAGCCAUCAUCAUCAUUACCUGACUCUACGGUUUUGGUAUCAAACAACAACAACAACUCGACACAUGAGGAUACGUCCGCCUCUUGUGUGACCGACGAUUUUAAUGACAAGAUAAAGGAACUUGAAACAGCGAUGAUGGGACCAGACUCUUUAGACUUAGCCCUUUAUUACAAUGACUCAUUUGUAUCAACGCCAUGUCAAGUGACUAAUAGCUGGAGAUCAACUCUAGAGGCGGUCUCUAGACGUGACCUAAGAGCUGAUCUUGUUUCAUGUGCAAAAGCCAUGUCUGAAAACGAUCUUAUGAUGGCAAAUUCGAUGAUGGAGAAGCUGCGUCUGAUGGUUUCUGUUUCUGGCGAGCCUAUCCAACGGUUAGGAGCUUACUUACUAGAAGGCCUAGUGGCUCAGCUAGCUUCAUCAGGCAGUUCCAUAUACAAAUCACUUAAUAGGUGCCCUGAACCCGCAAGCAACGAGCUUCUCUCCUACAUGCACAUCCUCUACGAGGUUUGUCCUUACUUCAAGUUCGGAUACAUGUCAGCGAAUGGUGCUAUCGCUGAAGCCAUGAAGAAUGAAAACAGAGUUCAUAUUAUCGAUUUUCAGAUCGGUCAAGGGAGUCAAUGGGUUACUCUUAUCCAGGCUUUUGCGGAGAGGCCCGGUGGGCCUCCUUGGAUACGUAUAACGGGUAUUGACGAUAUGACUUCAGCGUAUGCUCGUGGAGGUGGGUUGAGUAUUGUGGGAAAUAGACUUGCAAAGCUUGCUAAGAAGUUCAACGUUCCAUUUGAGUUCAACUCGGUGUCGGUGUCAGUGGCUGAAGUUAAACAUAACAACCUUGGAGUCCGAACAGGGGAAGCUCUAGCCGUUAACUUUGCCUUUGUGCUUCAUCAUAUGCCUGACGAGAGCGUUAGCACCGAGAAUCACCGGGACCGGUUACUGAGAAUGGUUAAGGGCUUAUCUCCCAAAGUGGUGACUCUAGUGGAGCAAGAAUCAAACACAAACACGGCUGCUUUCUUCCCAAGGUUCAUGGAGACAAUGGAUUACUAUGACGCUAUGUUCGAGUCGAUUGAUGUAACACUUCCAAGGAAUCACAAACAAAGGAUUAAUGUGGAGCAGCAUUGUCUUGCAAGAGAUGUUGUGAACAUCAUUGCAUGCGAAGGAGCUGAUCGGGUGGAGCGGCACGAGCUCCUAGGGAAAUGGAGGUCACGGUUUGGGAUGGCUGGUUUCACUUCUUACCCGUUGAGUCUCCUGGUGAAUUCCACUAUUAAAAGGCUGCUCAGCAACUAUUCGGACAAGUAUAGGCUUGAAGAAAGAGAUGGAGCCUUGUAUCUUGGUUGGAUGAAACGAGAUUUGGUUGCCUCAUGUGCAUGGAAAUGAUACGAACACAUAUACAUAUAUUGUACUUUCAGUUAAAGUGGUUUCUACAUGUAGGCAAAUUUAGUCACUCAUUUGAAUCUUCAAAAUAAUAGAGUCUAGUAUUAGAGACCAGUGGAGAUGAACAACAAUGAGGACCGGCUCUAAAAUUUAUUAGACUUGUGAAAGAAUUAUCA